AGAAGAAGUGCAGCAGCUGUAGGAUUCUAAACACACACACACACACACACACACACACACACACACACACACACACACACACACACACUUCAGUGCAGGAGGAUUUUAUUUUUAUCAUGAUGGGAACUGAGAAUAAGGUGAUCAAGUGUAAAGCGGCUGUCGCUUGGGAACCUGGGAAGCCUGUCUCUGUAGAAGAAGUAGAAGUUGCUCCACCUAAAGACCAUGAAGUGAGAAUUAAGAUCGCAGCGAGCGGUGUGUGUCACACAGACUUCACGUAUCUGUAUGAUUGUGACAAAGGAGUGAAGACUCUUCCGUUUCCUCUCAUUCUGGGUCAUGAAGGCAGCGGUGUGGUGGAGAGCGUCGGCCCGGGGGUGACCACUGUGAAGCCUGGUGAUGCGGUGAUCCCUCUCUUCCUGCCUCAGUGCUCUGAGUGUGAAUUCUGUCUGAGUCCGAAGACAAACCUCUGCUCUAAAAACUGGAAGAAGACUCAGCAGUGUGUUCAGGCUGAUGGUACGAGUCGUGUCACCUGUAAAGGGCAGCAGAUCUACCAGUUUCUGGGUGUGAGCACUUUCUCUGAAUACACCGUCGUUCCUGAAUACAACGUCGCUAAGAUCCACCAAGACGCAGCGCUGGACAAAGUCUGUCUCCUCGGCUGUGGGGUUGCUACGGGAUACGGAGCAGCGCUGAAUGCGGCCAAAGUGGAGCGCGGUACCGUCUGUGCCGUGUUCGGUCUGGGAGCCAUCGGGUUGGCCGCUGUGAUGGGCUGUAAAUCUGCAGGAGCUUCCAGGAUCAUCGGCGUCGACAUCAACUCCGAGAAAUGUGAAAUCGCCAAGAAGUUCGGCGUCACAGAGUUCGUGAACCCGAACGAUCACAACAAACCCAUUCAGGAGGUGCUGAUGGAGAUGACGGGUGGAGGAGCGGACUACAGCUUCGAGUGUGUGGGGAACGUCACACUUAUGUUUGUUUUGUUUUGUGUCCACAAGAGGGCAGUGUUUGAGAGCUGCAGAGCCGGUUGGGGAACAUGUGUGAUUGUGGGAUGGAAUGAAACCGGCAGCCUGUCGCUCGCACCGAUCGACGUCCUGAUGGGAAGAACUCUUAAAGGAACCUACUUUGGUGGAUGGAAGAGUGUGUGUAGCGUACCCAAACUGGUGGAGGACUACAUGAGCGGGCGAAUCAUGCUGGAUGAGUUUGUGACACACACGCUCCCUCUGGAGGGGAUUAACCAGGCCUUCGAUCUGAUGACCAAAGGGAAAAGCAUCCGGACGGUGAUAAAAAUGCCUUAGCUCAUUACCUGUGAUGACAUCAUCCGUCACCAUGACAACAGGUUCAGAGCUGCUGCUGCUUCUGUGUCUUUGUGUUAAUGCUGAUUUUGUGAAUAAAGACGUCACCUUAGUGGUGACACCAGGACA